AUGAAGAGAAGUGAUGAGUGGGCGGAAGUAGGAUUAGUGAGGUCUUUGCGUCAUGGAAGACGGAAGUGCAGUGUUGUACAGGUGAUGGGGGUAUGGAGGGGUACUUUUUGUCCAUACUGGGCUUAGUUAAUGUGUAUUGAUGGGGGUCCUCUGUCCUAUUUAAUUUAUCAUAGUGGCUGUAUUUCUAGUCAAAUAAACACAUGGGUACCAGGAGGUAUUGGUUUUUGGGAUAAGUUUACGAUUGAAAAGUGUUUUGUGGCUUUGGGGAACAUCUGUAACAGCAGGAAUCCAUGGCAGCUGUUAUGGAAUGACUGGUCUGAUGUUAUAUGUUCAGUAGUGAGGCAUCUUGUAACAUAAUUCUUUUUAGAAUGCUAUGUUUCUUGACUGAUAACAGUAAUAUGUAGCACAGUGCAGUUUUCUCAAGAUGAAUGUAUGGGAAAAUAUAUUACACUUCAGAAUAAAACCAUAUGUGUUUUUUUUUUGUCUGGUAAGUAAUCCUGCACUUUUUUUUUUUUUUUUUCAGGUUUGGAGAAACACAGGAGAAAAUGACAGUGCAACUGGUUCUUGGAGUUGGAUGAUUGAAACAUCAAUGGCUUUAACAGAGUUCCAAUGGACCAGUUUGGGGGUUCGUUUUGGUCUGCAUAUGGCACUGCUGGUGUUUUCUGGCUCACUCUUGGUUCUCCUAGUUCCGAUAGGUAGUCUGGAAGAUCAGUAUCGGGCUGCUCUGAAAGUGUUGCUGCGGUUUAAUUUGUGGGGUGGUGAUGGACGUGCCUACUCCUACACAGGACAGACCACAGGUCUUGCUGUAGCUUCAACGGCGUUUGAUCUCCUGGUUUUGAAGCCGAAACCCACAUCAGGUAAUUUUAUUAAUAUUAUUGAUUUACAUAGUACUAGCAUUUCUAUAGCAUAAAAUACACCACAGCCUCCAUCAGAAAAUCUUGCUUAAAACAUAUUUAUUCCAUCGUAACUUUCUUAAAUUAUAUUGAAGUGUUUAAAGUGAUCAGAAGCCAAAGGACACAACAACACUUAGCUAAUGCUUUAUUAGUUGCUGUAAAAAAUGGCUUGCCCUGUAAUAUGAAGUCAGAAACUAAAAUUUAGACCAGUGGAUUGGGCUCGGUUCUCUUGUUACAUGCAGAGUUUCCCAUAUGUGUUAUAAAGUGUUUUGUCUUUUUUUUUUUUUUCUACUCUACAGUGCCACCCUAUAAAAGGGGUGGCACUGGAAGGGUUAAUUUUAACGCUGGUGUGCAUGCCUGCUUAGAUUACACUACGUAGCCUAAAUUGCAAUAUACAUCUAGUUGGACCUUAACCCCAUAAGGACCAAACUUCUGGAAUAAAAGGGAAUCAUGACAUGUCACACAUGUCAUGUGUACUUAAGGGGUUAAACUGGCUCAUCAUUUUGUGACUAUAAAAUUGAAUAUCCCUAUUUAAAAAGUAACUUUAUUACAUAUUUAGUACAUAUUUACUGAAUUUAAAAAAAUUAUAAUUUUGGCACAAUAAUUUUGAACUGUAUUUUAAAUCACGUGGAUCAGAUUCCACAAGUGGUCUGAAGAUUAAUAGAGUAUCACACUUGUUCCCUUUCCAUGCAAUUUUAAUUUUACUGCUUUUGCAGUAUGUGUCCUUGGUAAUUGAUUUGGUACUGUGAAAAUCUUUUCACAAUCACUCUAGGCUUGUAGCAGGAAUAAAGAUAAACCAACACGUCUGAAUCAUUUCUGCAAAAGUAUUAACAUCUUUUAUAUUUUAGAUGCCAGAUUUGAAGCCAGAGCUGCCCUCAACCAGGCACUAGAAAUGAAACGCCAAGGGAAGAAAGACAAAGCACAUAAACUUCUCCUUCAUGCUCUGAAUAUGGAUCCAGACCAUGUGGAUGCUUUGAAUGAACUUGGUAUCCUUUUAGAAGAAGACAAAGACAUUAUCCAGGCAGACUAUUUGUACUCCAAGGCUCUUACAAUUUCUCCUCACAAUAAAAAGGCUUUGAUAAACCGUGAUCGGACACUGCCCCUAGUCGAAGAGAUAGAUCAGAGAUACUUCAGUAUCAUUGACAGCAAGGUUAAAAAAGUUAUGGCCAUUCCUAAAGGUAAUUCAGCUUUGCGUAGGGUCAUGGAAGAGUCUUAUUAUCACCACAUCUAUCACACAGUAGCUAUCGAAGGAAACACCCUGUCAUUGUCUGAAAUCCGUCACAUCAUUGAAACACGCUAUGCAGUUCCAGGCAAAAGUCUCGAAGAGCAGAAUGAGGUUAUUGGAAUGCACGCUGCCAUGACAUAUGUGAACACAACUCUGGUGUCUAGGGUAGGAUCAAUAUCUAUUGAUGAUCUUCUCGAGAUACACAGGAGAGUACUGGGUUAUGUGGAUCCUGUUGAAGCUGGACGAUUUAGGACUAACCAAGUUUUUGUAGGUCAUCAUAUCCCACCUCAUCCAAGAGACGUUGAGAAGCACAUGCAAGAGUUUGUACAAUGGCUAAACUCUGAUGAUGCAAUGGGCUUACACCCGGUAGAGUUUGCUGCUCUAGCACAUUAUAAACUGGUUUAUAUCCACCCGUUUGUGGACGGUAAUGGAAGGACUUCUCGCUUGCUCAUGAGUGUUAUUUUGAUGCAGGCAGGGUACCCUCCUGUCACAAUUAGGAAGGAGCAGAGGUCGGAAUAUUAUCACGUUUUGGAACUAGCAAAUGAAGGUGAUGUCAGACCGUUCAUCAGAUUUAUUGCCAAAUGUACAGAGACCACCUUGGAUCUUCUGUUGAUAGCUACAGCAGAACAUCCAGUGGGUCUUCCAGAGCCCAAUCCCAACUUCUCUGGGUGCAAGCAAACUAUUCCAGUGAAGACUUGAACGUAAGAACUUGUACACUAAUGCCUUAAAUGUUCACAUCUCCAGGGAUGUAUUACUCAGAAAAUUAAUUUCUAACAUCCCCUUAAUUUAUUUCCUUUAUGUAGUGUGGGUUUUAAAUAGUGCUUCACCUUACAUGAUAGGCUGCAGUAUAAAGUAAUGUGUCACUGCUGUCAGAGGCCUUUCUACAAGUUAUGUAUGGAACUAACAUAUACAUGUAUCCAUGAAAAGGAUUUUCCAGGCCUCAUAUCCAUUUAUGCACCUUACAUAGUAAAAGGUCCCUGUUUCUGACUCCAUUCAUGAUAUUUAUUAUAACAUGCACUUUAGAUAAAUCUCUGCACACAUACACUCUGUGAGAAGAUAGAGAGAGAAUCAGUGCUUCCAACUAUACCGCAAAAUCUUGUGUGGCUUGUGCAUGCAUAGUGCACAAAUGCCUUCCUUGCAAUUUUAUAUCAUGAAAAACAUGAAUAAUGCUACUCUGCAAUUUAAAGGAUCACUAUAGGGUCAGGAACACAAACAUGUAUUCCUGACCCUAUCGUGUUAAAACCACCAUCUAGCCCCCCUUGGCCCCUCAUGCCUCCAUAAAUAUAGCAAAAUCUUACUGUAUUCAAGCCUGAAGCUGUAACUCUGUAUGCUGUUUGACUCAGAAAAACAAGCAGUCUGCUGACAUCAUCAGAAGUGGUAGCCUGAUCCAAUCACAGUGCUUCCCCAUAGGAUUGGCUAAGACUGACAAGGAGGCAGAUCAGGGGCAGAGCCAGCAUGAUUCAAACACAGCCCUGGCCAAUCAGCAUCUCCUCGUAGAGAUGAAUUGAAUCAAUGAAUCUCUAUGAGGAAAGUUCAGUGUCUGCAUGCAGAAGGAGGAUACACUGAAUGUUUGGAUGCAUUUUAGACAGCCGUGACCCAGAAAGUCAGCCAGGACUUAUUUAAUUUUCACAGCACUCCAGUUGAAAAUCUGGUGACCAGGAUUGCAAGAGCACUUUCUGGUCUGCAGAUCCAGGGGAUAUGCAGACAAAAAGUACAAUUAAGAGAUCACCAUCUUUUAUAUAUGUUUUGGUUUGUGAGGGGGGUCACAUCCAGACUAGGGGAAUCAGGGAUUAAACAUUGUAUUUUCCUCUCCUGUAAAGUAUUGCUUUAUUCUGAAGCUUAUCACCUCUUCAUCAGACCCUAUAUUCCUGAACUAACUGUAAAUGUUAAAAGUCAGAAGAAAAACAACUAAAGGUAUUAUAUUUCAGAGCCAUUAAAUAUUUAUUUUCUUGUUAACCAUGAUGUUUAGCUCCUUCAAGACUGGUAUUGAAACAGAUUUUGGCUAACCCUGGUUGUGAUGGGAUUAAUUACUUUUUCCACUUCUUCAAGGCAAAUAUUAGAACUUCCCGUAUAGUAAUUGUCUAUAAUUUUCCCAGCAGCAGUUUUGAUAGAUUAUUGUAUUGGUUACACUCAUUGGCUAAGAGCACUCAGUUCACACUAUCAGCCAAGUUGCACUGUCCUGCAUGGCCCUCUUUAGCUCUGUAUAGCUAACUGUAUUCUACUAAAGGAGAACAGCAGAUGCAUGGUAUUCAGCAAAGACCAUGCUGUAUUAUUAUUAUUUUAUUAUUUAUAUAGCGCCAACAAAUUCCGUAGCGCUGUACAAUGGUAGGAACUAGGUCUGGUGUCAAACCAUAUUAAAAUUAUUUAAAUACUUUGGGACACUGUCAGGAUACUUAUGACAUCAUACCCAAUACAUACCAUUUGCUUUGAGAGCUUGAAGUGCUCUAUUAAACUUGGUGGAAUGUAAACAUAUUUUUUAUACUGUAAAAUCAAAACCACAGUCAAUGAUAUUUGAUAAAUGUGAAAAAUUAACAAGAUAAAUGCAAAUUGUAGGCCAAAGCAGUCAGAUUGCCAUAAUAACCAUUUUUUAGAGCAGUUGGUUUGUCCUAAAUUUAAAAAUCACCUAGUUUGUUCUCAGUUUAGUGAACUCUGGAAGUCUUUUAUUACAAGCAAAUAUAUUGAUCAAGAAAGUUGUUUAGUUAUUUUUUUGCCCUUUUUCAAGGGACAGUCUAAAUGAUAAAAACCCAUUGUAGUGGUUAUUGAGCAAAGAUUUUACUGUGUCAAACUAUUUUCAAGCUAUUUGAAAAAGAAAUUCUGAGCCUUAGCUAAUAUUAAAGUGAAAGGGAACAAUAACAACCUCAUAAGAAUAAAACUGUUAUGGCCCCAGGUUUACCUUUUUAGGGAUGAAUCCAGUGCUGGCUCAAUCUGCCCUUCUACUUCCACUUUUGUCUGAGGUUGGAAGCCAAUUCUAGUUCCCUAUUCACAAAAUCAGCUUGAGAAACAUAUGUGCUGAUCUCCGGCAGUUUUGUGAAUGGGAAGCUACUGAUUUGCUGAGAGCAUCAGCUAACACUUUAAGUCUAGCAGGGGCACUACCGGCUUGGACAGAAGAGAAAGGAUAGAAGCAGAGCUAACUGGAGCUGGAUUCAACACUUCAGGUUAAACCAUACAUCUGAAGGCAAGCUAAGCUAGCGCUAGGGACCUUCUGGCACCACACCAACUUAAUUUCAUGAAAUAUGCAUUAGCCUCCACUUCCCAAAUUUUUUUUUAAAAAUCAUUGUUCAGUCGAUUUAUCCCCAAUAAAAACAUGCAUGCGUUUAAUUAUGAAUAUUGUUUAUUGGGGGUAUAUCUUGCAAAAGUUGCCAAUCUCUUGUCUGAAGACUUUCCAAGCCCUCCCCUUCUAACCCAGCCCAGCUUUUCUGUACCUGUCCAAUUACAGACAUGCCAAAGCAGCUUAAUGAGAGGUGCUCUGAGAAAUUGCCUGCCUCUUGAGUUUUAGCUCCACUGAGCCAAACAAUCAGGAUGUAACAGGACCGGUUGUUGGAGUGACAGCCAAGCUAAAAUCUGCGCGUUAUAGUAAAAUGAAAAAGAGGACACACUCUUCACACAUAGAGCACUUCAGCAAGCUAAAAUGCUCUAAAAUUCUGGAGUGUCCAUUUGAGAAACAGUUUUGGGCUGCAAAUGGUUUGCUACCUCAUGUACAAUCAUGAGAUUGUACAAUCUCUCAAACUCUUUGGUAUUAAUCCAAGUAACAAAAAAAUGGCUGGGUACACAUUGAUCCAAUUGCAGACUUUCAUGAAAAUUACCAAUAUACACAUAUGUAGUGGAGAUACAGCUGUGGAUCUACAGAAAAGAGUUAAUAUAGUGUAACACAAUUUAAAAUAUAUGGAUUGUGCUAUUUGAAAUGCAUUUACAAGAUGGAAUAUUCCACGAGAGGUGUUCGUAGGCACUAAUGUAAAUACUGCCUGUUCUCUGAAUAGGCAGUGUUUACAUUAAAAAGCCUGCAGGGACAUGCUAUAGAAUAAGACAAGAUCCAUUGAUUAAAUACUGUUCUUCUCAACACCCGUUUACAUCACAUUGAUCAUCUUAUUUUUGCUCUACAUUUUAAAAGGGGGACAUUCCCUUCUCAAAAACUUUGCAUUUGUCUAUUGUUGCCUACAUUUCCCAUCAUGUCGUAUAUACCAUGCUGUAGUUAUGUUGUCAAGAGCACCCUGUCAUCUCCCCAUUGUAAGUAGUCAAAUCACUUAAGAUUAUGUUGCCUUCCUACCUGGGGUCUGCAAGGCUAUGCUCCCCCAGCCUUCACUACUUCCCACAUAGAGAGAAAGCUCCUGCUGAGCAGCUUCCUUUAGCUUUCUCGAGCUAAGCCCAGCAGUACUUGGCUCAAGCCAGUAAUGGAUGGAGUGGAGGAAGAGCGGGGCCUGGUCCCUAGAUAAGAAGCCAAACUGUUCUAAAACCAUACUGGUUAUUCUGCGGAGUAUUCCUUUAAAAUCUCCUAAGUUGAAAGAUUUUCUUUUCGACCAUAAGACAAAUUUAAAUGAAACUCUAGACACCAUUUGUGCAUGAGUGUGUCUGAUAGAGAACCAUGCAAAGACAAUCCAAGUUUGUAAUCGUGUACCAAAAUACAUUUAUAGAAGUGCUGCCUAAAAGGGAUUCUAUAGUGCCAGAAAUACAAAGCUGUUUUCCUGGCACUAUAGAAUCCUACAGUGCCCCUUCCCUCUGUGCUGAAGGGGUAAAAAGCCCUUAGGUGACUUACCUGAAUCCAGCGCCAAAGUCCCACAGCGCCGGGUCAGGCUCCACCCAUGCUCCUCUCCAGCCAGCUAACGUCGCGAUCACAAUCUGACGCUGAAAGUCCUUAUGCAGAGUGUGAGGGCGUCCAGCAUCAGAUACUGGACCAAAGAUCCGUUUCAAUUCAGGAAGUCCUUCUAGUGGCUGGUAGACAGGUGGAGCUAACCCUCAGAGGUAAUUAUUGCAGUUUCUCAGAAACUGUAAUCAUUACCACUGUAGGGUUAAGGGACUGGGUGCCUCUAGUGUCCCUUUAAAGAAGGUAGCCACUCAGGACUUCCCAUCCAACGAAUGAAACAAACACCAAUAAGUGAAUAAUAAAAAAUAAAAAAAAACAAUGGCUUGUUGAGUGGUCUCAAAGAAGUAAAUGACAUCUAAAUGUAGUAUGCUGGAACUACAUUGAAGUGAGCCUGUUUGUGUAAUGUUACACUAGCUCAUGAUCAGUAAAUCAGAAAGCUAUUGCAAGACAAAGAUUGCCAGAGAGAUCCAGCCUUCUUUUCCUCUUAAUUUCUUGCAGUAAAAUGGACAGUAAAUCCACCCCACCAUGCUGCUUUAAAAUAUGAAAUGUCUUACAACCAAAUUUACCUUUGCUGGCUGUUGCAAAAUUUGAUAUUGUGUAUGGCAAUGGUCUGUUGAAAUGUAAGUUGAAAGCUGUUCAAAAAAUGUUGCAGCCUAACUUCCAAGGAAAGACAGAGGAAGAUUGUUCAACAAGCCUAGUUUUCCAGUAAGUUUAAUAAUUACACAUAAAUAUUUUAAACAAAACAAUAAAAAGCGAUUUAUUCACUUAAUGUGUUGUGAAUUGAAAAUCAAAUGUAUGAAAUGUGGACAAUAGCUGAAAUGAAAGACAGAAAAGCAUUUUCAUAUAUCUAAUAUCUGUGAUAACUUCCACAGGGAUUUCCUUGCUUUUAAUGCAAAAUGCAUUGUGAUCUUAAUUUGUUACAGUAUGCAUUGUGCACUUUAGUUGUGUCUGGCAUAUUUCAAUAGUGUGGGGAAAUUAAAUUAUUAUGGUAUUGAAGAAUUAUGGAUUUGCAUCUUUUUUCCAGUGCAAAAAUACACCAACAUUGUACAUUUCAACAUGACAUUUAUAUAAAAUUGUUUUACUUUGAGUACGGGAGAAAACCAUGCUAGAG